AUUCAUGAGGUCGUUGUGACUCCUCGACAAGACGUGAAGAAUUCCCAAUUCGCUCAAACCCUGUUUACUACAGCUCUCGCUGCAGAAAACCCAAAACCUCUACGUAACCAGAAUCAGAAUACGAGCCAGAAUGGCCACUGACGUGACCAUGGUACCAGCCGUCGAAGCGGACUCGAACCUCGCCGGACCCUCUUCUUCCGCCAAGAAGCCCAAGCACUUCGAGGUCAAGAAGUGGAGUGCCGUCGCUCUCUGGGCCUGGGAUAUCGUGGUGGAUAACUGUGCGAUUUGUAGGAAUCACAUCAUGGAUCUCUGCAUUGAGUGUCAAGCGAAUCAAGCAAGCGCUACAAGCGAGGAGUGUACUGUUGCUUGGGGUGUAUGCAAUCAUGCCUUCCACUUUCACUGCAUCAGCCGUUGGCUUAAAACCCGCCAAGUAUGCCCACUAGAUAAUAGCGAGUGGGAAUUCCAGAAGUAUGGCCACUAAAACACCAUGGCAAAAAGCAAUGGAGCUGUUGUGUUGACCUUUCUAUUUCCCUUUUCUGGAAUCAAAAGACUCGUCUUCUUACUUGCUUCACAUCUUAGGAAUUUUAUUGGAAUUUUUCUGAUUAGCUUUUUGGAAUGAGCGCAGAUUACAUUACGGUCAUGUAUGUUAAUUUUACAGUGCCUUGAAAGUGAUUCUUUGUCCAUUCCGACCUUUUGCCACGCAGUGUUUCUGUUUCUUAUGGGUUUCAAGGAUAUACUGUUGUCUGA